UCCCACACGUGGGCCCGGAUUGUUGUUGGGAGAUUGUCAAUCGGACGGCCGGAAACGCUUUUCCGCGUCGUUAAAACGCCACAGUUCUGAAGGUAGCCUUCUUCAUCAACGACCUGUUCUCCAAAAUCUAAAAUUCCCAGUUCUCUCUCUGAAAGAUAAAAAAGUUUUGUUAGGAAAUGGCAGAGACGAAGCCUGGAAUGCGAAAACCAGUGUUCACGAAGGUGGAUCAGCUUCAGCCAGGAACUAGUGGGCAUACACUCACGGUGAAGGUUGUGAGCUCGAAAAUGGUGUUGCAGAAGGGCCGCCCUGAUGGGUCACAAGUACGUCAAAUGCGCAUUGCUGAAUGCUUGGUUGGGGAUGAAACCGGAAUGAUUGUCUUUACAGCCAGGAACGAGCAAGUGGACUUGAUGAAAUCCGAUACAACUGUAAUCCUGCGGAAUGCAAAGAUCGACAUGUUCAAGGGCUCAAUGAGGCUCGCCGUGGACAAAUGGGGCCGUGUUGAAGUUACUGAUCCAGCCUCCUUCACUGUCAAAGAGGACAACAACCUAUCGCUGGUGGAAUACGAAUUGGUGAAUGUCGUUGUAGAGUGAACAAGAAAGCUGUCGCGCAAAAGGAGGGAAUAUAUAGUUCUUUUGCGCAGUUUGCAUUCGUAUCUUUCUCGCGAAUGCUCGAUUUGAAGUUCCCUGGGAAAAUUCUCUUUAGGAGAAAAAAGGUCUGGGGUUACUACAAUCUUGAAGCUACUGAGGGGUGUUGAUAGAAGGUUGCUAAGUCCAAAGCUGCCUGUGCGGCCCAUCUGGCUAGGCUGUGGCCUUGCCUGCAGAUGGUGAUUGCACCUGAUAAGAGCUACCUGGAGCACUUGUUUGUGUUUUGUUUGGUACUUAUCUGAUGCUUUUUGGCUGUUGGAUUGAGGACAAAAUGACUCAUGUAAUUGCUCCUGGAUUAUUAUGGGAAGUUGAUAUUAUGCAAUACAUAGCUCCUGCUUUAUUA